AUGAAAGUGACGCAGGCCGCGUUCGAUCUGUGGGCGGCAAAUCCAUCAUUAUCUUUUAAACGCAUAUCUCUGAAUCCCGACAUACUGUUAUCGUAUCGCGAGGGCCUUCACAUGAAUAUCGACAAGAAAAUUACUGAUAUGUGCCCGAGUCCUUUAGACGGCCCCGGUGGUGUACUCGCUCACGCAUCCUUUCUCAACGGAGAUGAAGAUUAUGUCACGGAGGUACACGUAGAUAGAGCGGAAUCGUGGCAUGUUCAGAUUAGUAGAAAUCCUCCACGCACGCACAGCCUGUUAUACGUAAUCGCGCAUGAAAUCGGACACACAUUAGGUUUGCAUCACAGCAAACACCAGGAUUCGAUUAUGUUUGUGAUCGCGCCCGGUGAAAUAAAGUUUCCCAUUAGAUUGAGCUUAAAUGAUAUUCUUCAUAUUCGAUAUCUAUAUGGUGCUAAUUACCAUGUUCAACAACAACAACAACAACAAAAUAUAUAA